AUAAAUUGACUAACUCUGUCCCUACAUUAUAGGUAUACUGACCAUCCUGAGCCAGAAAGGUCAACACAAGGCACUGAGAUGGAGGUGACAGGAAACCACUCUGGCACCAAAGUGAACCUUGUUCUGCUGGGAAUGGCCGGGACUGGAAAGAGUGCAAGUGGGAACACAAUCCUAGGAAAGCCACUGUUCAAGUCAACAACCAGUUCAAGUCUGACUACCACAGAGUGCCAAGAGGCAGAAACAGAGAUAGGUGGUAGACAUGUUCGUGUCAUUGAUACUCCAGACAUCUUUGAUGAUGAGAUCAAAUCAUCAGUUAAGAGCAAACAUGUGAGAAAGUGCAAAGAGCUCUGUAAGGAGGAGCCUUGUGUUUACUUACUUGUGAUGCGGGCCAGCAGAUUUAUAGAAGAUGAGAGGGACAUAUUGAAAAAGUUAGAAAAAGCUUUUGGCAGCAGAGUUCAAGAACAAACAGUCAUCCUGUUUACUCGUGGCGAAGACCUUUGGCGUGCAAAAAUUAGCUUUGAGAAUUUUUUGCAUGACUGCCAGCCUGAUCUCAAGAAAAUAGUUGAGAAGUGUGGCAGAAGGUGUGUUCUUUUUGAGAACAGUGACUCACGUUCACCUCAAGUGGAAGAGCUGAUGAAGACAGUGAGCAGGAUGUUCAAAUAA